AUGGCGACCGGAUUCUUGACCCUGCCUUUGGAGAUACGGAACAAAAUCUACGACUACGCUCUAGAAGAAGAGCACGAUUACUUUGUAAAAGGUGUACAAGCGCUACUAAAGAUAAGCCCGAGCCUCACGAGAGAAAUAUACUAUUACCGCAAGAUAGUCACCACUCUCCCAAUUCUCAGAACCGACUAUAGACAAUCCCGUUCCCUGGCCACGAAUCCUGAACAAACGGCGUAUGGUACAGGAUUCUGGUCUCCUCGCUUGGAUGGGAUAUUGGACAAAGUAAAGAAGUUUGAAGAGGCUAAAGAUAGGAAAGGCUUGGUCGUUAGAUGUGGAGCUGUUUCUCGGCAAAGUGGUCGAGUUUAUUCUACGUGUCGCUGCGGCGGCUUCCACUCGGAAAUGGGGAUGAGUGAUGAGCAAAUAUUGAGGUAUUUGGUUAAAUGUGUUGCGGAGGGUUUCAAGGCCAAGGGUCUUGAGUCGGUGGUAGUGGUAGCUUGCUUGUUGGAAUCAGAACCGGCUCAGGAUGAACGUAGCUAG